GCGGAGAAAUUGCGCUGCAUGCAACAAAAAAAAUCAAACCUGAAAUCCAAGAAAGACAGAAAGAAAAGCUGUGUGGAGCGUAUAAUUAGGAAUUUCACCAUAAUAAUAUUCCUUUUUUCAUCUAUUUUUCGCAUUUGUCCAACCCCACAAUUACUCGAUAAAUCGAAAAAGGAAAAAAAAAAAAAUCAAUCUCCUCAUCGCCAUUUCUUCUCCCUGCUUCUAAUUCUUUGAAUUUUAAUUUUUUUUCUCUCCCUAUUUCUGCCCCAAUUUCAGUUUCUAUGCGUACAUGGGGAGAAAGGUGGACGAGUUGGAGAUAAUCGAGAAAUAUGGCUAAUGAAGCUGUCGCUAGUAGCGGUGCCGGUGGCGGCGGAGGUGCUAAUGAGGUUGGGCCAGCAUCGGGGGCUUCUUCGCCGAGAAAUAAGGUGAAGUUCUUGUGUAGCUAUGGCGGUAAAAUCUUGCCGAGAACCGCCGAUGGCCAGCUUAAGUACGUCGGCGGCGAUACGCGUGUCAUUGCCGUUCCGAGAGAUAUUAGCUUCUCAGAGUUAAUGAAAAAGCUUAGUUCAGAAUUUGAAGGGGACAUGGUCCUCAAGUACCAGGUGAUACCUGAAAAUCUUGAUGUGUUGGUGUCUGUAAGAACUGAUGAGGAUAUAAAGCACAUGCUUGAUGAAUAUGCUCGCCAUGAAAGUGAAGGAACUGCAAAGCUUCGAGCUUUCCUGUUCCCUUCCAAUCCUGUCAUACUGGAGAACCAAAAUGCCUCUACAGAUCCUCACGCAACAGAACAACAUUACAUCGAUGCCAUCAAUAACACAGUUCGUUCAUUUGCCAAUUUUAGACCUUCCCCUAUCAAUGCAAAUCGCCCCACCUUUAGCAUUUCUGCUUGCUCUUCUCCAAAAGGCAAUUCCUCUGAUAGUAUUAAUUUUGAUUUUGUGCCCCAUGAACCCACUUUCAUGAAUAACUAUCAUAAUACUAGACGUCCAUUGCAUAAAGUACAUAGCUCUCCUAGUCUCUACAAUCUCAAUACCAAUCACCACCAAACCAACAACCACCACAGCAAUCACCAUUUCUAUCAGCAGCAUCACCAAUACUAUCAACACCACCAGCAACACAAUCCACAUGGUUAUCAAUCUUCUAGACCACCUCAUGACCCUCACCGGGUGACACCAUCUUCGUCAUUUGGAUGGCCAGACAUUGGGAGGGCCUCUUUUACUCCCCUAAACCAAUAUUAUCCAAACGCACGAAGUGUAGGAAACUCAAAUGUACAUAAUAUGUGGAGUGGAAACUUGAGCAAACGUGGGUACUAUGAUGAUCACUCUCUAUAUGGAUCUAGAACAGUGAGAUUUGAAAGUCUUCCUCCGAGUCCCAGGAGUACAACUGGAGUAGAGCAUAACUUUCUGAUUUAAAGAGUUUAAAGAUGGUAUACAAUUUUUUUUUUUUUAAUUAUACUUAUCCUUGCUUGUUAUCCCUAUAUAAAAAGAAAAAGAGAAAAAAAAGAGAAAGAAAGAUGCAUGUUUGCCUUUUGUUUUGGGUGUGUUACAUGGUUGUAUUGUUGGGUUGAGUAGGUUUAAUAUGUUACUUGUGAAGGAACCGUGGAAACCUCACGGAAUUAAGAAGCUAUAGUUAUUAUUGUUUGAA